AUGUCUGAAGCAGAUCAAAGGUUUCAUCGCUUUAUUUGGAGAUAUGGGAAUGAAAGGAGCUCUGCGCUGUUUGUGUUUCAGUGGAAACGUGUUCUCUUUGGGGAUGCUUGUAGCCCUGAUCUUGCCAUGUUCGCCAUUCGCAUGCUAGCUGAUGUUAAAGAAAACGCCCAACCGAUUGGUGCAAAAGCUUUGAAAGAAAAUACAUAUAUCGAUGACGUUGCGAAUUCAGUCUCGGAGCCAGAAGAAGCAAAACGAACUAUUACAGAGGUUGACAGCAUACUAGCAAUGGGUAAAUUCUCUAUCAAAGCCUGGAAUUCCAAUCACGCAGCUGUAUAUAAGAAUCCGCAAGAGAACGAGGUGGAGUUUCUCGGUCACGUAUGGGACAAGCUUAAAGACACAUUGAAGGAGAAACCGAAAAACAGUCGUUUUUCCUGGCGCAGAACCUUCGAAAAGGAAUGCCUUGGGAUUGGUGAUGAAACUUUAAGAUCUCUUGGCUUCCUCCUUCCUGUCACGAUGAAAUAUCGAAUGGAUCUACAAGCCAUUUGGGAAGCUGGAUUCAUAUGGGAUGACCCCCUGUCGGUAGAAUCCAUUGAUGUUUGGCAGAAGCAUGUUGAGGAAAUGAACAAACUUGCCGAGGUGGAAUUAGAUCGAUGUCUUAAACCCUCGGAUGCCAGAGGAUUCGCACAACUACAUGCUUUUUCAGACGCAGGAGAUCGAGGGUUUGGCACUUAA